GGGCCGCUGGCAUGGUACCCUGAACGCUCACCCCCCAAGCACAAACAUUCUACCUGGGAGUCUCAGCGGCGCCGCCUGACGCUUGGAGCUGGGCUGUGAAGCUCAGGAAACACCGCGGCUUCACUUGAGGCCUACAAGUUUAUUUUUCGUUGUGGGAUACUUUGGGACUGUUGUUUAUUGACGGAACUAAGUCGUAUAGGCCGCUCCAAGAGCGGGUCUCCGGAGGACUGGGUCUAAAGAGAUUACUGGGACUUCACGGCCAUUGGCCUGUCUAAAGGUUUCCUCAUGUCCGUGAAGUGUCUUUCGAGGAUCUGCGGCUUCCCGCCCUUGGUGUGGUCAGUCGUUGCGAUUCCGACCCCGUGAUUCUCUCCGACUGCAGUGCCGGACGUCAUGAGCAUUGCAAUCCCUCUGGGAGUCACCACACCAGAUACAUCCUAUUCAGACAUGGCCGCCGGUUCAGACCCUGAAUCAGUAGAAGCUAGCCCAGCUGUCAGUGGGAAAACGGUUUACGCUACCCACAAUUACCCUGGCACCCAGAGUCAUGGCUACAGAGGCCUGCCAUAUGCAGUAAGUAUGGACCACAACUAUGGUGCCCCUCCUCCACCUACACCUCCUGCAUCACCACCUGUCCAAGCAGUCAUCCCUCGAGCAGAGCACAAUGGGAUUCACUCACCAGACGAGGAGGAGAACACUGGGGAGAGCGAUAGCUCCUCGGAGGGAGAAGACAUUACCAACUGGUGCCAGUGCAGCCUCUCCCAGGAAGGGUUUCUCAUCAAGUGUGAGAAGUGCAAGGGUGCGAAUCGUGGAAAAGUCAUCCAGCUUAAUCAUAGGAAGCAGGACAAUGUCUCAGGAGGUGAAAGUAGCGCUACAGAAAGUUGGGAUGAGGAACUGUCUCCAUCCACAGUGCUGUACACGGCUACCCAACAUACACCAACCAGCAUUACUCUCACAGUCAACCGGGUUGGCAAAAAUAAAUCAAAAAAAAGAAAGAAAAGCACGGAGAAGGCUCGUACUACCCCUAAGGCAAAGAAAAUAAAGGCUUUCCGGGAAGGCUCACGCAAGUCCUUGAGAAUGAAGAAUUCUCCAUCCGAUGCUCACAUUUUGGAUGAAAACACCACGGAAGACUGGCAGAACCGGAUUCGGCUGUGGACUGACCAGUAUGAAGAAGCUUUCACCAACCAGUAUAGUGCUGAUAUGCAGAACCUGCUGGAGAGUCACGUUCGCUCUAGCAAAGAGCUUAUUGGCAAAGCUGGAGCCGUUGAAACGAUUAAAAAGACUGAGCUGGCUUCUAAUAAUACAGUUGUCGGCUCCCAAAUGCAGUUACAGUUGGGACGAGUCACCCGAGUGCAGAAACAUCGCAAGAUACUUCGGUCAGCAAAAGAUCUAGCGUCAAACACCUUCGUAAUAGAGUAUCGUGGAAAGGUCAUGCUACGGCAGCAGUUUGAGGUCAAUGGGCACUUCUUUAAGAGACCAUACCCUUUUGUGCUGUUCUAUUCCAAAUUCAACGGUUUAGAUAUGUGUGUGGAUGCCCGUACCUUUGGAAACGAUGCUCGAUUUAUAAGGAGGUCAUGUACACCUAAUGCAGAGGUUCGGCACAUGAUUUCAGAUGGUAUGGUCCAUCUUUGUAUUUAUACUGUUGCUGCUAUUGCAAAAGAUGCUGAAGUCACCAUUGCCUUCGAUUAUGAUUACAGUAACUGUAAUUAUAAAGUGGACUGUGCAUGUCACAAAGGCAAUCGAAGCUGUCCUAUUCUGAAGAGGAAUCCUAUUCCUUUAGACCUGCCUCCACCAGCCACUCCUCCUGUGUUAUCCAUCGGUGCAGAAACUAGACGAAGGAAAGCCCAGCGGAAAGAGCUUGAGCUGCAGGGCUGUACUGAGGACCGUGCAAACCAUCAAACAGGAGAGCAGCCAAAAACUCCUGUUGCAGAUACAGCCACUUGUGAUCAAGAGGUGCGGGAGGAGAAGAAGGCAGAGCCUGCUGUUCCUGUGGUUGAGGAGAGGAGGAGAAAACGUAAAGAUCCAGCGUUGCAGCAAACUCUUCCUGAACCUGAGGUCCCAUCUACUGUUGAAGAUGUUAAGCCAUCAGAGGAGUCCUCUCCUGUUGAAGCUACAGAUCCUGAGGCUGAAAGUAUGGUGGCAAAAGAGACUUCUUCUAACAAUGUUGGAGUAAACACACGAAGAUCUUCACAGCCAGCGGAAGUUGUGGCGGAGAAAUCCGCUGCGAAACCAGUUCCACCAAAAUCCACCCGGCCCCGACCAAAGAGUCGCAUGUCUCGCUAUCGAAGUGCUUCAGCGCAGAGGCUUAGAAGACAGAGGCAAGCGGUGGCACAGCAGGCUGAACAAGGUCAUACAGUUGCUGAGGAAGGAUCAGUAACAUCAUCUGCAACAGCCACAGAUUUAGGAGCAGCCGAAAGUGAAGGGCAGAGUGGCAACCCUCAGGGUGCAGACUCACCAGCAGUUUCGCAGGCAACAUCUCAGCCUGUCCGAGCUAACCUGAAAUACCACAAAACUAAAAAGUACUCGGUUACAGAAUGGCUCAAUGACAAGGUGGAGAAGGACGAUUGUCCUAUUGACCACCCUUUGCGGAUUACCACGGAUCCAACUGUUCUGGCAACCACACUUAACAUGCUGCCUGGGUUGUCUCAUUCUCCUUCCAUUUGUAUUGCUCCCAAACACUACAUACGUUUUGUAUCUCCUUUCAUGCCGGAACGACGGAGAAGGCCAUCAAAAGCAGACGGAACCUAUGGCUCCUGUAAAAAGAGAUGGAUGAAACAAGCCAUGGAUGAUCUGAAAACUCAGCCCGUCAGCCCCCCACAGGAAAAAACCCAAACUCUAUACCAAAGCAAUGAGGGCAGCCUCUCUUCCACCAACAAUAUAGGUUUGACGGCCCCUUUUAAAAAAUGGAAGUUGAAAUAUAUCCUGGAAGAAAACUCUGGCACCUUAACAAGUCCUCUGUCGUUUGUCACACCUCCCCUGCUCCCAAACUCCUCAACCACAGACUCCCUAAGUCCACUGCAAACAACACCAAGCUCUUCCCUACCUGGGGAAGAAGAAUCACGGUUUGGAUAUGGACUUAUGUUCUCUCCGAUUCCUUCCCUUGCUGCUAGCCGCUGUAAUACUCCACUACAGUUUGAGAACAUAUCCUCCCCAGAGACCUCCCCAGCGCAUAGGCCCGAGUCCCUGUCACCAGAGCCUUGUCUGCAGCCAGACCUGGAGAUUCAGAAAGCUGGUUUCUUGGAUUCCACCGUUGAGAUCUGCCCAGAUCAAUCAUCAUUCAGCACUGGUCUCUCUGAAUUAGCUGGUCAGUCCCCCAGCACAUCUAUAACAUAUGGUGGAGCAUCAGACAAUAACUUAAUGGGGAAAGGUUCAGAAGGGUCCACGCUGCUAAGGACAUCAGAACAGUCUGUCCGGACAGAAUUCAAUUUAAUGUAUGCCUUCUCCCCCUUGAAUGCUAUGCCUCGCGCUGAUGGCUCAUUACGAGGGUCCCCUCUUGUUGGGGAAAGGAAAACUUCACAAUCAGAGGCUUAUUGUGGCUCUCCGGUAGAGGCCUACCAUGGACGACUUGGCACAGGGCUUUUGAAAGAGGUGGCACAGGGUUCAAUGUCUCCAUGCAGUGAAAGACUUUGUGAUGGUAUUCGAUCAUCUCCGCAAAACCCACCACAAAGGAAAAAGGUGUCCCUGCUAGAAUAUCGCAAGCGAAAACAGGAGGCAAAAGAGGUGACUUCUUCCCCUGGCAGAGAUUUGUUUCGCUGUGUGGGGACCCCAACUCGCCAGAACAGUAAUGGGUCUUUUUCUGACACGGACUUGUCAAGUUCCCUGCACCUUCAGGCUCAGUCUUCUCCACAUAGCGGGUUCUCUUCUCCUGCCCAUCCCUCAAUGCCUCAGAUAGAGGACGUCAGCCCUCCAGACACAAAGACUUCAGGGUCGUCUCAUUGCAAGCAUUCUGAGAACAUCAGCAGCAGGUGGAUGGUCCCAACUUCAGUGGAACGGCUGCGCGAGGGGCAGAGCAUUCUGCAAAGGGUUUUAGGUAGUGGGGUGAAGGUCUCGCACCUUGGAGAACCUUCCCCUUCCAGAGACACCACUGCAGAUAGAGACCCAGAGGAGGGAGACCCAGAGAUGCCUAGCAUGGCUGUCACCAAAGGACCAAUUGUUUAUAGCCCUUCCAGAUACAGUUACCAGCAAGUCCUCCAGUGUGACAGUCCUCAACCGGAAUCCCUCAACCUCCUUUCUCAGAGUUCAUCCCCCUUCCGAGGACCCUCAGCACAGUCCCUCGGCUGCAACUAUCGGACACCUCAAAGAGCAGGACAUUCGUUGUCCGAUUCCUCUGUAAUUUCUGGCUCGUACUCAAGCCCUGCUCACACUGCUUCCACGGACUCCCCAACCACCCAGUGUUCAGGUGGUUCUGGCUAUUGUAACAGCCAGCAGCUUUACGGGAGCAACGCCGGCACAAGCCAGCCAAGGAAGAGCUUCCAUCACAGAGGCCCCAGCUGUGAGGCAAGUCCAGCUCAGUUGCUCAGGACAGACUCUUUACCCACAGACUCUCAGCCGAGCACUGGGGCAUCUAGCAACUCCAGCACCACACAAGGAUCAAGAACAGACUCACGAACUAUUACGCUGCCCAGCCCUGGACUCCAAAGUUCCAGGAUAUCGGCAAUGUCCAGUCCCCCGCAACGUGUUCCUGGGGUGCAACAGUACAGGCUGCAGCAGGUUCAAGGAUCAGGAGUGAAGUCUCAGACUGGCUUUUCCUAGAACUGAUAUUUAAGUGAGAACCAGGACAGCACUAGCCCAUCAGCCAUUCCGAUUCCCUCCACAAGAUGGUUGGGAUAAUUAAUGGCUCUGGCCAGCACCUAAGGAGCUGGGUUGUAUGAGUCUUAGACUUGAAGCAGGUGGAAAGUAGCCUUGUGAGUAGCGUACGCCCCUACUUCCCACACACACAAACAUUGCAGAGACUUCACAAACCAUGAUCACAGGAACGAUGCGAAUAUUUAGCAUCAUUCGAUUAUUUUUUUUUUUUUUAUGUCACCAGAAAUCUCCUUUAGUCUCUUGUGCAGUAAGGACAAUUUUUUUUUUUACAUGAUUAAAAAAACAAAACAAAAUUCUUCAAAUUAAAAGUGAAAUUCAAAGCGGAAGGAGAAGGAGUUUAAAGAAGCACCUAUAUUUGUAGCAUCGGGUUAUAACAUGUUGGGAGCGGGGAGGGGGCAGCAACAUUUGGGUGGGCUGGCAUCUUUUAUGGCCAUUCAUUCCAGGCGCGCGCACAUUUGUUCACCAUUCGCUUUGUUUUGGGGGGUCACCACUUCUGAUAGGAUGUAAGCAUUGUUGCAGAGGAUUAAUGAAACUGAUUUUGCUUUUUUUUUUUUUUUUUUUUUGUUGGUGUUUUUUUUUAAUUGUAUUAUGAUAUACACAGAACAGAUAGCACUGUAAAUCUGUAAAGGGCUUGUAAGUUUCUGUGUUUAGCAUUUUUUUUUUAUCAAAAACCUAUAAUGCCGAGCAAACUACAGGAAAGAAGUGUUCCACCAAAUCCAGAUUGUUUAAAUUGCCACUAUAAUGUUUGUUUUCUAAAGAAUUGUACUUCCUACAAGUGAAUAUACUAGCAUAGUUUCUGUAUCUUUCUGUACAGGCUAUGAGACAUUCUA